AUGUCUUCUGGUGAAUAUUUAAAUAAAACCGUUGAAAUUUGCGUUGAAAAAUUUAAAAAUUUUCUACCGCCUAAUGGAGAAAUAUAUUGUAAUUGGACGUGGGAUUCCGUAUUGUGUUGGCCACCGACAAAAGAAGAUACCGUCGCUGUUCAAAAUUGUCCAAAAGAUAGAGGAAUCGAUCCAUCGAAAUUAGUAUAUAAAAAAUGUUUACCUGGAGGACGUUGGGAGGGUAGAAUAAAAGGUCAUGACGAUUCACCACAAGGAUGGACCAAUUACACGACGUGUUUCACUCCAGAAACUUGGCAAUUGUUUAAAAUGUUAUAUGCAGACUCCGAAGAUACAGCCAAGAUAAAAUUGGACAUUGCGGAAAAAACGAGAACGUUGGAAAUCGUAGGAUUUUCCGUAUCUCUCAUUGCCUUAUUAUUUUCUCUGGCCAUUUUUUUCAGAUUCAGGGGAUUAAGAAACAGUAGAACGAGAAUACAUAAAAAUUUAUUUAUUGCUAUGGAAAUACAAGUUGUCGUUAGAUUGAGUUUAUACAUUGAUCAAGUUAUAGUAAAAGAAAAAAUUAAUUUUUGGCAAGGAAUACACGACACGCCAUUUUUAUGCGAAAUAUCAUACAUUUUAUUAGAAUAUGCAAGGACGGCCAUGUUUAUGUGGAUGUUUGUCGAGGGUCUUUAUCUUCAUAACAUGAUAACAGUUACAGUUUUUCACAAAGAACAAAGUUAUUAUACGAUGUAUUCGAUAAUUGGUUGGGGAUCCCCAAUAAUAAUAACGAGUGCCUGGAUUUUAGUCAUGAUAACAUAUUACAAAACGUCCAAAUGUUGGUGGGGAUAUAAUUUAACAAUUUAUUUUUGGAUAUUAGAAGGACCAAGAUUAACCGUCGUCGUGUUAAAUUUUUUAUUUCUUUUAAAUAUAAUUCGUGUGCUCGUUGUUAAAUUACGACAGAGUAGAAAAAGCGAAAUCGAACAAGUCAGGAAAGCAGUUCGUGCAACGGCUGUUCUUUUACCCCUUUUAGGUAUAACAAACAUAAUAAGCAUGAGUAAAUCCCCGUUGGAAAAAUCAGUUUGGGAAUUUGCUUUAUGGUCAUAUGGAACGCAUUUCCUAACAUCAUUCCAAGGUUUUUUCAUUGCGUUUUUAUAUUGUUUUUUAAACGGAGAGGUUAGAGCUGUCGUAAUGAAAAGCGUUUCAACAUAUUUUUCAUUGAGAAACAAUCAACAACAUAAACAAUUUCAACAUCAUAAACAAUCAACGAGUAAAACUACGACAAAUGAUAAAACAAACGGAAAACAAAUUGAAAAUCAAAAUGAUGACGUCAACGAUGCACAAUGGAAAAGGACGAGAGUUUGA